UGUGCCCAGCAUGAGCUCCUACUUCGUCAACCCCCUGUUCUCCAAAUACAAAGGCGGCGAGUCCCUGGAGCCGGCCUAUUACGACUGCCGGUUCCCCCAGAGCGUGGGCAGGAGCCAUGCGCUGGUGUACGGGCCCGGCGGCUCGGCGCCCGGCUUCCAGCACGCCUCGCACCACGUCCAAGACUUCUUCCACCACGGCACCUCGGGCAUCUCCAACUCGGGCUACCAGCAGAACCCGUGCUCGCUGAGCUGCCACGGAGACGCCUCCAAAUUCUAUGGCUACGAGGCGCUCCCCAGACAGUCCCUUUAUGGGGCUCAGCAAGAGGCGAGCGUGGUGCAAUAUCCCGACUGUAAAUCCUCCGCCAACACUAACAGUAGCGAAGGACAAGGCCACUUAAAUCAAAACUCGUCUCCCAGCCUCAUGUUUCCAUGGAUGAGACCCCACGCUCCGGGGCGGCGCAGCGGAAGGCAGACGUACAGCCGGUAUCAGACCUUGGAACUAGAAAAGGAGUUUCUCUUUAAUCCUUAUUUGACACGAAAGCGCCGGAUUGAAGUCUCUCAUGCCCUGGGACUGACUGAGAGACAAGUGAAGAUCUGGUUCCAGAACCGAAGGAUGAAGUGGAAAAAGGAAAACAACAAGGAUAAACUGCCCGGAGCCCGAGAUGAGGAGAAGGUGGAGGAAGAAGGAAAUGAGGAAGAGGAUAAAGAAGAGGAGGAAAAAGAAGAAAACAAGGACUAAGCAAAAAAGAGAUCCCCCCCCCCACCCUUUAGCAACUCCCUUGAAGUUUCGUUUUAUGGUAGCGGAUAAAUUGAGAAGUUUACGACUGUCAUUUGCUUUUAUAGAGAAUAGAAUGACGCUCAGAACUCUACCUACCUGUCAUAUACUCGCAGCUCUGGUUUUAUUACCUUUGGACUUCCCCCGAUCUUUAUUUGUUUGGGGGCUGGAGGGGGGAGACCGAGACACAGCGGAAAGUUCGGUGUCUCUGUCUCAGUCGUUGCCCCACCACACACACUUGUCCCUCCCCCCACCCUCGGAGUCCUGCCUGGAUUUUAAGGUCUGAGACAGGGCCUGUAUGCCCCCUCUCUCGGCCUCUUCUUGCCACACUCCCACCUCCCUGCCUCUCUGGUAUUUAUCAUAGAGGGGAGCCCCCUCAACAUGCAGAAGAAGACUCAUGGCUUUGUUUUUAUGCUAGGGUUAGUGUAUUAGAUUUACUAUUUUUCAAAGGAAAGGAAAGAAAAAGUAAAGGAAGGAAGGAAAGGAAAGGGAAAAUGUUUAAAGAAAUUAAAAAAUGAUAGCAAGGAAUAUCCCCUCUCCCUGCCUGGGACUCCCGGCUUAGAAAGACUCCCUUGACUUCCUCUAGGAACCUGAUGGAAACCUUAAGGAGAUGUGGGUCUCUCCCCUCCCCGCUUUCCACGGGGUAGAUAGGAGCCUCCAGUGCUGAGAAAAUCCUACCUAGCCAUCCCAUGGUCACUCGGGCCCCUGCCUUCCGCCCUUUCGCUGUCUGAUUUCUGUCCUUGGGCCCAGCUUCCUCUGAGCUGCAUCAGUGCUUAGCGCUCAGAA